CAAGAUCUCUGCUUCGGAGUCCAGAGCUUAUAGUGACGAUGAUGACGAUGUCUUGCAUAAUAAAAUAGCUGUCAUUUCCGCUCUUCAUUAUUUGUUGUUCAUACCUCUAAGUGUUGCAUUUGAUAUUACGAAAUACUCGGUAGAGAACCCGAAGACCAUAAUUUACUGAUUCAAGAUGAAUUAGAUUGAACUGCGAGACAAUAUCAUCGCCACAUCUUAGAGACAUGAGUGAUCAAAUUUUAAAAGAUAUCAAAGUUAUUGGUGUUGAGAAGCCACAAAAAGGGAAAUUUCGAGAACAUUUUGAAUAUGUGAUCAAAGUAACCUAUGAAAAUGGUUAUGAACAUCUUAUCUUCAGGCGUUAUUCCAUGCUGUUUCAUUUUCACUCCGUUUUGAAGGAAGUGGUAAAGGAGUGCUACAGCAGUGUAAUCAUACUUCCUGAACUGCCUGUUGCAAGAUUUCAACAUGUUGGCCGCAAGUUUUUUGGUCUUAAUAUGAACAAAGAAUUGAAGCAAAUGACGGAGUUUUGUCAGAAAAUUAUAGUUCUGCCGAGGGUUCUUUCUGAAAAAGAAAUAAUUUUGAAAUUUUUUGCUCAACUUGGUACAGAUGUUGCUCACGCCGAAGCUUAUCAAGAGGAUUCUCAAAAAAGUGACAAUACAAAAGAUCCUGUUGAAAGAGUUUCGUCUAACAACAUUUCAGACAAUGCAGAAAUGAGCAAUGAAAUUGAUCAAUAUGUAUCCAUCGCGGCAUUUGAUGCUGGUGGAACAGGAGAACUCUCAGUUGUCGAGGGAGAGAUUGUUACCGUUAUUGAAAAGAAUACGUCUGGAUGGUGGCUUGUCUCCAACCAACAAGGGAAGAGUGGUUUCACUCCAGCUACUUUCCUGCAGCCAGUUGAAGCAAUGACCAACACAAGAGAAGAAUGGCAAGAUGUCGCUGGUCCUGAUAAUAUUUAUACUGCGGUCAAAGACUAUGUAGCACAGUGUCCUGAUGAAAUGAGUUUUAAGUGCGGAGAGGAAGUGGAAGUCCUGGCAAUGAGUAAUUUCGGCUGGUGGCAAGUCAGGUCAUUAUACAGCGAUAAAAUUGGUCUUUGUCCCGCGUCAAGCUUGACCAUAAAGAAAGCAUCAGUUUAUUACGAAGAUCCGAUGAACGAGUAUCGUAAAUCCAUUAUUCAAUUUUCUAAGAAAUAUUCAGGAAGGGAAAGAGAGGCGCCCCCGAGAACAAGUUCACAGAAGAGUUGCGACAGCGAAUCCAGUGCUGACGGUUGUGGAAAUAUUCGCCAACCAGAGCGAUUCAGCCCCCCGGAUAGUUCUGUGGAAUAUACCAAAGUUAUUCCAAAACAUCUGAGAAAUGAUGAGUCAAAUAAUAACACAACCGAGAAGAUAAAUUACGUCAAUGUUCCUGUGAUUAAGAAUGGAACACCUCAUUAUCACGAAGGUCGGGACUCAGAGGCAAUAAACGUUCACGUGAUGAGAAAAGACUAUCAGAAAAACGGUUUUAUCCUUCGUGAAGGAGACAUGGUUCAAGUCAUCAAGGUCAUGCCAGAUGGUUGCUUUUGGAAAGUUGCGACAAUGAACCCGCCAUAUGAAGAAGGAUUAGUCCCCUCAGACCUGCUCUGCCCUGAACUGCCUCAUCAGAUAGACGAUACUAAUACAACAAGCAGAGUAACGAGGAUUGAGGAAUGUUCAAAUAAAAUAACUUGGAACCUUUGAAAGUUUUGCCCAGA